AUGGAGGGAGUUGGUGAUGUUAUGAAUGGCCGUACUAAUGAAGUUGCCAAAACACCACAACCGUCACCCAAAGAAAUUGGACGUGAAUUCGUUCGUCAGUAUUAUACGAUGCUAUCAGAGAGACCACAGGACGUUUUUCGCUUCUAUAGCCAUGAAUCAUAUUUUGCUCAUGAUACGGAUCAGCCCGUUCAGGGACAGCAGAAAAUACAGAAAGCAAUUGAACGUUUGGCUUUUGUUGACUGUAAGGCCCGAAUUUAUACCGUCAGUGGCACUGCCACAAUGAACAAUGGUUUAGUCAUACAGGUUUGUGGUGAACUUUCGAUUGGCGAUAAUCCUGAAAGGCGUUUCUUGCAAACGUUCAUUCUCUGUCCACAAACUCCAAAGAAAUACUAUGUCCACAAUGAUGUUUUCCAGUGGCUUGAUCGGGCCUUCGGUGACGCUGUCAUUCAGCCGCAAAAGAACGAUGUCCAGGCUCAAAUUACUACUGAGGAGAAUGCUCCAACAAAUGGUGAAACUGGCGAAAUUAACGGUCAUACUCAAACCAUCUCUGCAAGCCACAACCAAAUUGAGACUACCGAUCAGUCACCUGACAGCCUGAAGAAAGAGCAGCAUCUUGAACCCAUUCCGGCAGCGAAUACAAAUGCAGUUGUUCAUGAUGCAAAGCAUCAAAUGAAUGACAGAGCUAGUAGUAAAUCUGAUGAUAGUUCCACUGAAGAGGCACAGAUAGAAGAUUCGAAUUCGGUUACAGUUGAUUCGGCACCAAAAACUUGGGCUAAAUUGGUCGGUGGUAAUCAGACAACUGCAGCAACUAUUGCUGCGCAACUGCAGAAUAUAACUCAAACGACAGCUCAGCCACCAAUGCGGUUCCCUGUGAUUCAAAAUCAUACUUCGAUUUCUGCUUCAAACAAUGCAAAUCUUCACGCAAAUUUCGAAGACAAUUGUCGACUCUAUGUGGGCGGUAUAACUCGUAAUAUUGUUCCGGAAAGCGCAGCUGCAAUUGAAAGAGAUAUACGUUUCGAGUUCGAAAAAUUCGGACAUGUCGCUUCGGUAAAUGUUCCCCGUCGUGUGCUAGACACUGCGGAUCCACAGCGAACUGUUUUUGCUUUUGUGGUUAUGAGAACACCAGAGGGUGCAAGAAAUGCAUUCCAUGCUGCAAGAAAGGAGCGGUCGCUUUCACUUAUACAUCUGAAAAUUGAUUCACUUGGAUUCGACGGGGAAGCCACUCUUUCGGAGCAGAAGGGUGGACAGAUAAACUCUCGUACUCCUUUUGUACACAGAGGCCCUCCAGUCCAAGGCCUGUCACGUGGUGGGUUUAAUGUGCGUAAUGGAUCUGGUGGCGGGCGUGGUGGUGGAGGAGGAUCUCGUGGAUUACGACAUUAUAGUGGUGGUAGUGAAUAUCGGCAGUCAAGCGAACACGGUCGACACUAG